AAAAAAAAAAAAGGGUGGAAACCCCACCAGCCAAGUCUGCAGAAAAAACUAAAUGAAGUCUGCCUAUCUCGGGGCCGGAGCCCCUCCCCUCGGGCCGCCCCGAGGAGUGUGACACAGGUGCCGCUUCCUCCCGGCUGCUGAGGGCCAACCACCGUCCCCCGGGCCGCGCCCCGCACCGGUCGGCAUGAGCAGCCCCCAGGUCACACCGCCGCCCCCGUCCCCGCCCCGCCAAGAGCCCGACCCCGGGAUGGCCUCGAGUGAGAUAGACAUCGCCGUCAUUGCAGGCGUGAUCGCGGCCGUGGCCUUCGUGCUGGUCUGCCUCCUCCUCCUCAUGCUGCACUACAUGUACCGGCACAAGGGCACCUACCACACCAACGAGGCCAAGGGCACGGAGUUUGCCGAGAGCGCCGACGCGGCCCUGCAGGACGACCCGUCCCUCCAGGACAACGGUGACAGCAGCAGAAAGGAGUACUUUAUCUGAAGGACUUUACCAGGACUCACCUCCCCCCCAGCGCCUCCCCGUCCAGGAGAGAAAGCCCCACCCCCCCCACGUGCAGCACCAGGCAGCCCGCGAGCGCCCCCCCCCCGCACCCCAAGACACGCACCUCGCCUGGGACACUGGGUGGCGCCCAGUGGGGGAGGGAGCGAAGGAGGACACCAGCUGGAGAGGCCUCUCCCGGGGACCCAGGCAAGCUCUGCCAGAGGGAAGAGCGAGAGGAGGUCGGCUCCUCCUGGGCCGUGCACGUUGCCACCGGCGGCGUGCGGGGCAUGGAAGUCCACGCUGGGUGUGAAUGGGGCUGUGGGCCUAGGAGCUGGGGAGCAAGGGGUGAGUCAUCAUUACGCCGACUGCGGAUAAAGACAUCAAAUGUCAGCCCUUGACAUUUGGGGGGAACAGCAGGUGCCGGAGCUCAAAGGCACCUUUGUCUCCCAUGGAUGCAGCUCUGAAUGAUUGGAAAUAAAUCUGAAACGUAAUGGAGCAUUCAGAGUCAGAUGACAUGACUGUGAUUGUUUAGGCAAAGAUAAAGGCUGUCCAGGGCUUACUUGUUA